GUCAAAAGUUAUGAUAACACAUCUUUCAUUGAAGAACUUUAAUUCCUUUCAUGUCCUUCGCUACAUACAUAUUCUCCAACGCCCUUUUGAGGAAAAAGUCGAAUUAAUCAUUUCACUUGCGCGCAAGUAAACUUUAGGGGGAAAAGGUCUUGAGGACCAAAAAACAACUUCAAGAUGAGUGGAACGGAUUAUUCCUACGAUGAACAGGUACGCAACAUCUGCGCAAAUUCCCAAAGAGUUGACUAACAUAUUGUAGGGACAAUUUUUCCCAAUUUUCGUCGGUACCCUUUCUGGCAUUGUUUCUAUAGCUUUGACUUGGGAUGUUUUAAGACCCAGAUCAGACCCAGGUGCCACGGCGCCCCGAAUAAAGACAGAUUAUAAGCCUGAACAUGCCGAUUUGAUAGAUAGUCAAAGGAGGGCACAGAGGAGAAAGCAGCGGAAAAUAAAACGUAUGAUCGCCAUGGUUGUUGGGUGGGUGAUAGUUGCUGUUAUGGCAUAUCAAUUUCAAGUCACAGCCAGAACGAUACCAAAGAUCUGGAAUCCAUAUGAUAUCUUGGAUAUUAAAGAGGUAAUUUGAGGCUCAGAAUACAUUGUCUGGACAUUGGCUAAUUUCGAAACAGUCCGCCACAGAAAAAGAAAUCAAAUCACACUACAAGCGACUUUCGCUGAGAUUCCACCCUGACAAGAUUAGACCGGACCCAGCCAAGAACCAAACACUCCAGUCAUUGAACGACCAUUUCGUGGAGAUUACGAAGGCAUACAAGGCGCUUACCGAUGAGGAGGUCAGAAAUAAUUAUAUACAAUUCGGACAUCCAGACGGCAAACAGAGCUUUAGCAUCGGAAUUGCCUUGCCUACCUGGAUUGUCUCUGAAGGAAACGGGAAAUAUGUCGUACUUGUAUAUGCAGUGCUUUUGGGAGUUUUACUUCCUUACCUUGUCGGAUCCUGGUGGUAUGGCACCCAGCGCAUGUCGAAAGAGAAGGUUUUAAUCGAAAGUGCAAACAACCUGUUCCAAGAAUACCAAGAAGACAUCACCGAGGGCGGAAUUGUUGGCGCUUUAAGCAGUGGCGUUGAAUACAAGAAAAUUUUGAAAGGCCACAAAGCUGAUUCAGGGCUUGGCAAGCUGGAAUCGAGAGUUCUCGCAGAGGGCGAUGGAACAACUGCCGCCGCUGGAUUAUCAACCAAGGACAAAACAAAGCUGGAGGAAUUAGAUGGCGGUGCUCGACGAAAGGCUCUCGCCUUACUCUGGGCAUAUUUGGGUCGAACUGAACUUGAAGACCCUGAACUCAAUAAAGCGAAAUACGAAGUAGCUCCUAUCGCCCAUGACCUCAACAACGCAUUUACGGCAAUCACUCUCGCUUUCGCGACCACCGGCCCUAUUCUAGCAUCGUACGCGACUGCUCAAAAUAUCGUUCAAGCUCUACCACCAAAUGCUUCACCCCUUCUUCAGUUACCAUAUAUUACCCCGGCUAUUGCAAAGGCAAUCGAAGGCGACUCAAAGACUCACUUAACCCUUCAACAAUAUAUGGCACUACCAAACGCGUACCGAAAGAAGUUGAGUGUUGGAAAUGACUUACUCACAGAAGCCCAAUACAAAACUGCCAUGUCUACCGCCAAGCAACUACCUCGUUUACAGGUCGAAAAGGCAUUCUUCAAGGUCACAGGCGAGAAAUUCAUCACUCCUAGUUCAUUAGUAUCAUUUGUUGUGAAAGGACGAUUUAUCCCCCCUGGAAGCGAAAAUGUCCCUAAGGUUAACGAACUCGAUUUGGAAGACAUUGACCCAGAUGAGGAUGACCUCGACGCCAUUCUUGGUCGCGCCAAGAAGACUGCCAAAGGCGAAAAGCCUGAAAGCAAGCAGGUCUUUCCACCUCUUGCAUUCGCCCCCUACUACACACGUGACCACUCGCCUAAAUGGCAUGUUUUCCUCACCGACAGCAAGCAAGGCAAGAUCGCUGUACCACCUUUCACAUUCUUCGCUUUCGACAAGCCCAUAUUUGACGAAAGUGGAAAGCCUACAUUCAAUAUGCAAACUCUCAAGGCACAAUUCCAGGCUCCCCCACAACCUGGAAGCUAUACCUUCGUUAUGCAUCUUAUAUGCGAUUCAUAUGUUGGAUUCGAUACCAAACUCGAGGCCACUCUGGUUGUAGAGGAUGCCAGUAAAGCAUUGGAAAUAGAUGCAGAUGACGAUAUCAGUGAACCAGACGAAGGUAUGUUAUUACACAAUUUCAUCACUUUUGACAGAAUCUAUACUAACAAAUUCACAUUAGAUUCCCUAGCAGGUCAAAUGCAAGCCAUGAAGACCGGCGCCCCACCAAAAAAGAAGAAGCAAGCCGUACGAGACUCCAGUGACGAGGAUAGCAACACUGAAGAAGAAGUUGAUGAACAAAGUGAAACGGACACCGACACCGAUACUGACGGGGAAUAAUGAGUCUAACUCUCCUACAUCUAAAUAUCAAUCGUUUCUUAUGCUAUUAGGAUUUAAUUCUACUGUCAAGUUGCUGACUUACUGGGUGUUUGGGAUUCUUGACUCUUUUUUGGGAAAUUUUACACGUGUAUUUGUACAAUAGGCGUGAUGAGCAUUUGGGAUGGCGUCUUAUACACAACGCUUUUACACAUAUUUUAUUUUGUGUGCGGUUGUGGCUUUGCCUUUUUGGAAGUAAAGACGUUGAUCAAAAUAUCUGGGUCAUCGUCUUUGAUUAAAGCAGAGCAGAAAUAAAAUUUCGUUUAUGAAUGAAUAGGUUUAUUUGUUAUGUCAUGUAUACUGAAAUGCAAUGAAUGUAAACGUUCACAU